GUUCUAUGAGGAACUUCUGUCUCAUGGCAUCUUGAAACCACUGACUGCACCCAUUGAAGGAAUGGUAGUGAAAGCAGGCUCCUGCAACUACAUGGCACCCCAGGGCAUGUCCUCGGUUGUCAAGUAUUAUUUAAAACAGUCAGGUGCAGAUGUCAUCUAUGAGCAGCACGUAACUCAGAUCUCUCUCCGAGAUGGGAAAUGGGAAGUCUCCAGGAAAACUGGACCGCCAGAACUGUUUGAUGUAGUUAUUCUCACAAUGCCUGUUGCACAAAUUCUUCAGCUGAAAGGUGACAUUGUAAACA